AUGGACGACCAUAUUGCUUUGUUCAUGGAUAUUACGUCGGCUACCGAUGCCAAUGUUGCGGCCCAGUUUUUAGAUAUGGCUGGUGGCAACUUAGACACAGCAGUUGGUCUCUAUUUUGAACACGGUGCAGGCUCAGUUGCAGGAGCAGCAACAACAGAGGCCACAUCUAACAACGAAGACGAAGACGGCGAUGCGGCACUGGCCAGCAGGCUACAACAAGAGAUGUACGAGGAGCCGGUGAGACAACCAAUUGAACCAACCUAUGAUACUCUUGUACCGCAAGAUUAUGGAUACGGUAUGGGGACGGGGACGGGAAUAGGAAUGGGACCUGGUUAUGUUCCUCAAGGAGGUAUGUUUGGGCGCCAGCAAAGUAGUGUUUUCAACCAAACUGGUAGAGAUGUUGUCGUUUUAGAUAGCGAUUCUGAAGAUGAAGAAAUGUCAGGAAUGUCAGCCACACAAAAGAGAUUGGCCAGUAUCUUUAGACCGCCUUGGGAUAUAAUUGACAAAAUCGAUUUCCAAACAGCCAAGGAUAAAGGCCGCCAGUUGAAGAAAUGGAUUCUUAUUAAUAUUCAGGACGUAACGGAUUUUAGAUGCCAAUGUCUUAAUCGAGAUUUUUGGUCUUCCCAGCAAAUAAAACAGCUUGUUUCUGCUAACUUUGUAUUCUUACAGUACCAACAUGACUCUCCAAGCGGCGAAAUGUACAGAAAUUUAUAUCCGUUCCAUGAUGAGUACCCACAUAUUGCAAUUUUGGAUCCGAUUACUGGUGAGAGAAUGAUGACAUGGAAUGCUAAUCCUCCCGUCCAUAGGUUCAUUGAACAAGUGGUGGACUUUUUAGACCAAUAUAAGUUGGAUGGAAGUGCACCUUUUGUUGCACCUACAAGUCAGGGAUUGAACAAAAACCACGCUGUUCCUAUCUCUGACGAGGAGGAUGAAGAUAUCCAAGAACACGAAAAUGACAUGGAUGAGAAAUCCUAUGGUAAUGUGGAACCAUCGGCAGAAGAAGUUUCUGAACAAGAGGGAGAAAUCUCGGUUGCAAGUGUGAUAAAAUCACUUCCAGCUAAGGACAUUGAAGACCCUAGCGGUGAAUCCACAAGAAUCCAAAUAAGAUCGGGUAUCGACGGUAAAAGGGUAGUGAAGAAACUCGCAUUAGACACUACUAUCCGUCAACUCUUCCAAUUUGUAAAGUUUGCAUUUCAGGAAUCCCUUAAUGGUCAGCCUUUUACUCUAAAAAUGCAACGUGUGGAUCUGAGCGAAAGCUUGGAUAUCACUGUCAGUGAAGCAAAACUACAAAAUGCAUCCAUUCUUCUUGAGUUGAUAGAUGAAUGA